AAGAGAAAAACCAAUUCUAAGAAAUCGAGGAGGCUCGUUCACUUUCAUCGUCUCGCCCAAAUUGCAAAUUUGCAAUACCGGAGGUGGGGGAGAGAGAGAGAGAGGAAUCAGAUCCGACCCGAUCAGACUCGGAUUUCUUUUCUCACAGACCGUACCAUCUUUUGUGACGCAGAGAGCGAUAAAGUUGAAGUCUUUCUUGUCAGGUAUGGCGGGGCAGGAGAGCGGUGCCGUACUUCAAUUUGCGCCCUUUCAAAGUUCUGUUGAUGAGGGUUUCUGGCAUAGAUUAUCGUCCUUGAAACUCAACAAACUGGGCAUUGAUGAUUCCCCAAUUUCAAUCACCGGUUUCUAUGCCCCAUGCUCACAUUCUCAAGUAUCAAAUCAUUUAACUCUUCUUGCUGAAUCAUUGCCUCCUGAACCAAGUGAGCAAUCAUCAACUCCGCCGAUAAGUCGUGGGAACAGGAAUAGAUGCUCUGUUCCAGGCAUCCUUUAUAACACAAAUACAUUGGAGAGCUUCCAUGCCCUUGAUAAACAAAGUUUGCUAAAGGCUGAAGCAGAGAAGAUUUGGAAUGACAUUCAUUCUGGAAGAGCAGAGGAGGACUGUUCUGUACUCUCAAGGUUCCUUCUUAUCUCAUUUGCGGAUCUAAAAAAAUGGAGCUUCCAUUACUGGUUUGCUUUCCCUGCUUUGGUGCUUGAUCCUCCAGCAACCUUGGUUGAUUUGAAGCCAGCUUCACAGUGGUUCAGCCUAGAAGAGGCAGAGUCGGUGUCAGCAGCCUGUAAUGAGUGGCGUAACUCAAGCUCAACAGCUGAUGUGCCAUUCUUUCUAGUCAGUAUAGCUUCAAACUCACGUGCUACCAUUAGGCAUCUAAAAGACUGGGAAGCCUGUCAAGAGGAUGGCCAUAAGUUGCUGUUUGGUUUUUAUGACCCAUGUCAUCUUCCAAAAAAUCCCGGUUGGCCUCUUCGCAACUUCCUUGUACUGAUUUAUUCAAGAUGGAAUAUAAAAAAGGUUCAGUUUUUAUGUUAUCGAGAGAACCGUGGAUUCGCGGAUCUGGGGUUAUCCCUUGUUGGUGAAGCACAGAUUUCGGCUCCCCAAGAAUGGAGGGAUGAGCUGCAUGUUCCUAAUGUGGUGGGAUGGGAGCUUAACAGAGGGAAGAAAGUAUACAGGUGUAUUAGCCUUGCUAAAUCCAUGGAUCCAACUAGGUUGGCAAUAUCUGCCGCAGAUUUGAAUUUAAAACUAAUGAGAUGGCGUGCCUUGCCAUCUCUAAACCUAAAUAUCUUGUCCACCAUGAAGUGUCUUCUCUUAGGAGCAGGUACCCUCGGAUGCCAGGUUGCGCGCAUGCUUAUGGCUUGGGGUGUCAGAAAAAUUACACUACUGGAUAAUGGUAAAGUGGCUAUGUCUAAUCCAUUGAGGCAGUCCCUAUAUACAUUGGAUGACUGCCUUAAUGGUGGUGAGUUUAAAGCCUUAGCAGCAGUCAAUAGUCUAAAGCGAAUAUUUCCAGCUGUGGAAGCAGAAGGUGUUGUGAUGGCAAUCCCAAUGCCUGGGCAUCCAGUUCCUAGCCAAGAAGAGGAAAGUGUGCUGGAUGAUUGUAGAUGCCUUUGUGAAUUGAUUGAAUCUCAUGAUGCAGUUUUCUUGCUGACUGAUACAAGGGAAAGUCGAUGGCUUCCAACACUUCUUUGUGCCAAUGCUAACAAGAUGACAAUUACUGCAGCUUUAGGGUUUGAUAGCUUCUUGGUUAUGCGUCAUGGAGCUGGUCCUCUUAGCUCUACCAUUGACAAUAGAGCUGAAGCUAUGAAUGCUUUAUCUGCUGAUAUGAGCAAAUUUUCUCCAACUGACAGUGAUGGAGGGCAGAGAUUGGGUUGUUACUUCUGCAAUGAUGUGGUUGCCCCAGUUGAUUCAACUUCCAACCGAACUUUGGACCAGCAAUGCACUGUUACACGUCCAGGGCUUGCUCCUAUUGCUUCGGCUCUUGCUGUAGAGCUUUUAGUAGGAAUCCUACAUCAUCCUCAUGGGAUAUUUGCAGAAGGCGAUAUUGCAAACUCUAGCAGCAAUGGAAUCAAUGAGCAACCACUGGGUAUUUUACCCCAUCAAAUUCGAGGUUCCCUUGCUCAGUUUUCUCAGAUGACACUUGUGGGUCAUUCCUCAAAUAGUUGCACAGCUUGUUGUGAUACUGUGGUGUCAGAGUACCGGAAAAGAGGAAUGGACUUUAUCCUCCAAGCAAUCAACCAUCCAACCUAUCUGGAAGAUCUCACUGGAUUAACAGAGCUGAUGAAAUCGGCAAGCUCGUUCAAAUUGGACUGGGAUAAUGACACGGAUGCUGAUGAUGAUGAUUGUGUAGAAAUCUAAGGUAUUUCUUUUGAAAUAGCUAAGCUGCAACUGGUCCAAUUCUCUUCAAUUGUACAAAAACCAAAGUAGGAAAGCAAACCCCUAAUUGAUAUUCUUUCUGGGCUUGAUCUUUAGACUUCAGUAGUGUUUGAAAGAUUCCCUGAAAAUUGAUUCAGGUGCUCUGUGUAUGACAUAGCAAUUGAGCAUACUAAUCAUGUAUCAUGGAGAUACUAAUUGUUAGUGUCGGUUAACGUAUUUAUGGAUCUUUUAUUCUCA